UGGAACCGUGACUUCAAAUCUACACAACCCUUCAUUUCAGCCUCCUCUCUCUCUCCUACUAUUUUCCUCAGUGUCUCCCAGAUUCAGAUCGGAUCCUAAGUUAGGGUUCUCUCUGAUGGAAGCAAAGAAGAAUCUUCGAUGUUUCCUCUUUCUUCUGGCUGUCGCUCCUCUUCUGCAGCUCUGCUUCUGUGACGGCGAUGCCACGGUGUUCUACGAGUCUUUUGAUGAGUCGUUUGACGGUCGUUGGGUUGUCUCAGCGAACGAAGACUAUCAAGGUGUUUGGAAGCAUGAAAAGAGCGAGGGACACGAUGAUUAUGGUCUUCUUGUGAGCGAGAAGGCCAGGAAGUAUGGUAUCGUGAAAGAGCUCGAUGAGCCCGUCAGUCUCAAGGAUGGAACCGUCGUCCUCCAGUAUGAUGUUCGUUUCCAGGAUGGUCUUGAGUGCGGUGGUGCAUACAUCAAGUACCUCCGUCCUCAAGAGGCUGGAUGGACCCCGAAGGGUUUCGACAGUGAGUCGCCCUAUUCUAUUAUGUUUGGGCCUGACAAGUGUGGUGCCACAAACAAGGUGCAUUUCAUUUUGAAGCAUAAGAAUCCAAAGAGUGGAGAGUACGUGGAGCACCAUCUCAAGUUCCCUCCAUCUGUCCCAUAUGACAAGUUGUCCCACGUUUACACAGCGGUCAUAAAGCCUGACAAUGAGCUCAGGAUUCUGGUUGAUGGGGAGGAGAAGAAAAAGGCAAACUUUCUUUCGGCUGAAGAUUUCGAGCCUCCCCUAAUUCCCCCAAAGACUAUCCCUGACCCGGACGACAAGAAACCUGAAGACUGGGAUGAGAGAGCAAAAAUUCCGGAUCCUGAUGCUGUCAAGCCAGUUGAUUGGGAUGAAGAUGCGCCUAUGGAAAUUGAAGAUGAGGAAGCUGUGAAACCGGAAGGAUGGUUGGAUGACGAGCCUGAGGAUGUUGAUGAUCCCGAGGCAACGAAACCCGAAGACUGGGAUGAUGAUGAGGAUGGCGAGUGGGAAGCCCCAAAGAUCGAUAACCCUAAGUGUGCUGAAGCUCCUGGCUGUGGCGAAUGGAAGAGGCCUAUGAAGAGGAACCCUGCUUACAAGGGCAAAUGGAGUUCCCCUCUUAUCGAUAAUCCGAACUACAAGGGUAUCUGGAAACCCCGGGAAAUUCCUAAUCCCGAUUACUUUGAACUCGAGAAGCCAGACUUUGAGCCUGUAGCUGCUAUCGGGAUCGAGAUUUGGACAAUGCAAGAUGGUUUACUGUUCGACAAUAUUUUGAUUGCUAAAGACGAAAAGGUUGCAGAAUCGAUCCGUUUGAGCACAUGGAAGCCGAAGUUUGAGGAUGAGAAAGAGAAACAGAAGGAAGAGGAAGACACAGCUGAUCAGGACGGUCAUCUCAAGGGCUUCCAGAAGAAGGUGUUUGAAUUACUGUACAAGAUUUCAGAUAUUCCAUUUCUCAGUGACUACAAGCUCAAGAUUCUUGAUCUCAUCGAGAAGGCCGAGAAACAACCUAACAUCACCAUCGGUGUCUUUGUUGCCAUCGUGGCGGUGUUCCUUACUCUCGUUCUCAAGCUCCUCUUCGGUGGGAAGAAAGUGGCGAAGCCUGAGACCAGAAAGCCGGAAACCACAGAGGUGUCGGGUAGCGAGGGAACGAGCCACGAGAAAUCCGAAGAGAAUGAGGAGAAGGACGAGACCGCAGGAGCAGCGGCACCUCGUAGGAGACCGACCAGACGGGACAACUGAGCCAAUGGAGGGAACAAAAAAAAAUCGGUAUGCUAUGGGAGAAGUUUUUGAAGCUGCGUAGUUUUAUGGUCUGUGCCUCUCUUAGACUCUGGAAAAAGUGGACAUUUCACAUGAAUGAAUGGAUAAGUUUGUUGUUCUCUUCUCUAAGGUUUUGCCCUGGUUUUUUUUUUGGUUGAGGUAUUUGGAAUGUAAGGUUUGUAAAUGAGACAGAUCACGAUCAUAUUAGAUACUGAUUUAUUUGAAUCUGCCCGAGCUGAUUUA